AUGUACCGCAACGAUCGCGACUGGUACGACAUCGAGGACUUCUUGGGCGACCCGGCUUUGGUCCCCGGGGCCCCACCGGCCCUCUGCGAGGACAUCGAUCCUUUGCCCUUGGACGCGGACAUCACAUGCGGCCAUGACGGUUCCCUGGGGCCGAAGCCCGUCCACGAGUUAAACACGGCCCGCGACCAGACUACGGUGCAAAGUCCUGCCGGCGGGCUAAACGCGGCCUGUGGGCAGAGCACGGCCUGUGAGCAAAGUACUGAUGGCGGGCUAAACGCGGCCUGUGGUCGAAAUGCGGCCUGUGCACAGAGUGCUGCCUGCGGCCAAAAGGUGGCCUGUGGGCCUGAAGCGCCGCCCCCAAGUGUGACGGAACCGCCCCCUGCGCUAAACUCGGCCUGUGGCAAGAACGCUGCUGUUGUGCAAAGUACUGGCGGCGGGCUAAAGUCGGCCCGUGGACAGAAUGCGGUUUGUGGGCAAAGUACUGCUGGCGGACUAAAGGCGUCCCGUGGAGCCGAAGCCAGCGAGUUCACCUUCAAGGACCUGGGCGCGGUGGUGGAGGGCCUGGAGGCCCUGCUGCAGGAUCUGGGCCCGGACCUCACCGAUCCAGUGCCGGACCGGUCUGGAUCCGGCGCCGGAUUCGGGACCAGAUCCGGAAUAGCGUCCGGAUCCGGAUUCGGCGCUCCCCCUGACGGCGAACCGGCAGUGGCGGCGCCCGUCGGCGAUCGCCUGACCCGCGGGCCGGAAGGCCCCCAGACCCGGAGCCCGGCGCUGUACCGGCAGCGGAUGGACCCGGCCGGGGCCCCGGUCCCGGGAACCGGCCUUGGGCAGACCGUUGGGCGUGGGGGACCCAACCCGGCGGACCCCCUGGCCCAGCGCCCGGGCCCCUGGGCCCGGGAGUGCGACGGCGGUGUCGUUGGGAAGGCCUACGGCGGGACGCCGUCUGGGCCCUUGAGACAACGGAUUGGGCCCUUUCGCCCGUACGGGGGCCCCUGGGACCGGGCCCGCUGGGCCCCGGGUGCCCGCCGAUGGGGCCCCGCGGCCCACCUGGAGGGCGGCGUGCACGAGGCGUCGUUCCGGAUGGGGGUGGCGGCGGCGGCGGCGGCGGCGGAGGGGCGCGUGAUGGAAGCUUACGAGAUGGAGGUGGCGUGCCGGCGGCGGUGGGCGGGACUGAAACGGCGGUGGGCGCAAGAGCGGGCGGAGCUCCGGAUGCUGUCUAGGGCGAAGCGGGCGGCCAUAGCUUCGAUGGUGGCAGGGGGCGAUGUGUGGAAGGAGCAGAUGCUAAGGGGAGUCGACCCAGGCGCCAUCAUGCACCCGCGGUGCGUCCCGCAAUCGCGUCCCGCAACGAGCGGCAAGAUGGCGGAAAUGGGCGCGCCAUUGGCUUCACUGCUCUUCCAAGGAAUCGCUGCCUCCAGACUCCACAGCGAGACCUGGCCUGGCCAGCCUGACCCAUGGGCGGCAAGGGGCAGGCCUGGGUUGCCGGUGGGAAGCAUGGCGCCUACACACCACCAGGUGCAGCGGGACGGCUGUGAAGACGCGCAGGUGCACGCACCGCCACUGGAGCCCUGCGUGCCUGUCUCACGCCACUCGCCAGAAUACCACGCCGCCGUCGCAGCCUCCCUUCCCGGUCCGUCCGCGCCCACGCCGUCGCCCCCCUCGCCGCUGGUCAACAUCCGUCAACGCACAGUCAACGCGGUCAACUCGGCGGUGGGCGAAGACCUGCUGGCAGACUCCCUGCGCGCCGCAGCGCAAUGCGCUGUGGGUCAGUGCGGUCAACCACAGUCAAUGCCGAGUCACCGUGGUCAACGCGACGGGCACGUGGGUCAGGAGGAGGUCAGCGCUGUGGGCCAGGCGGCGUCGAGGCCUCAGGGUCCCUGCGGCGUCCUGAACCUGGACGCCGUAUUCCAAGAAGCUUCCACUGCCCAGGCGAACCUUCCACUCAUGUCUGAGGCGCCCUUUGCGCAGUAG